UUUGACUUGGAUAUAUCAAAGACAUUUCAGUUGAUUUAUUUGUUAUCUAUUUCAAAAUAUUUAGUUCUAAUCAUUCAGUCAUGAGUGAGGAAACCCAGCUUGAUGAUAAAGAGAUUGUUCUUAUUGAUAAGGAUCAUCCAGAAUUGGGUUCAGAAUCAGUAGCUGAAGUACAGCCAGGGUCAAGUUUUGAAGAAAAUGCUGUUUUUGCAUCAAACAGCUGUAAGCAUCAAGAGCAGACAGGUGAUAAGCAGGCAGCGGAUAAUUACCAACAAGAUGACAUAGAAAUCCAACUUGAUGAAGAAGAGAUUGUUCUUUUAGAAAAGGAUCAUCCAGGGUUCGGUCCAGAAUCAGUAGAUGAAAUAAAGGUAACCUCAAUUUUAGAAGGCAUUUCUGAUUUGGCAUCAAACAGCUUUGAGCAACAAAAGCAGACAGGUGAUCAGCAGGCACUGAAUAAUUAUCAACAGUAUGACUUAGGAUAUGUUAUUGAGCAGGCCAGCAAUANGAAUUAA